AUGUUUUUUAUUGGUAAGGAAUUUUUACAGUAACCUCAAAAAAAAAAAAAAAAAAAAAUGGUAUGUUCAAUUUUCGACUAUAAAAUGUAAUUUCAGGCGUAUUGGAUCUCAUCGAGUUAUUUUUAAUCUGCAUUUUGUGUGGGAUUUUCACCUUGCAAGGCCAAGUUUUUUGCGAUUCCCCCAAUUUGCAUUACAUUUCUGGCUGCGUAAUGGGAGGUAGGUGAUAAAAUAACAAAUCCUCAGGCUCCAAUUUUAUUAACAAUCAAGUAAAUCCCGUAUUUUACCAAAAUUUGUUGUAAAAAAUUUUCAGGGUACCAUGUGUAAUAUUUCAUUUUGCCUCAAAUUUCGUAUAUAAAAUGUAAAUUGUUCACAGAUCAAUCCCUGAAAAUUUCAGCUCACAAUUUUCAGCCGAAACGGAGAUAUUGCGCCAUCUUUUUGCGAGAGAGCACGUAAAAUGAGGAGAGUCGGUCAGAGAAAAAACUUCUUUUGGAUGAAUCUUUGAAGAUUGAUGACGGAAAAAAAUUAUUUUUGAUAGAAAUAUUUUGCGAUGGCUUAGUAACUGAUGCUGAAAUUUUUGGGCAAAAUUUAAAAAAUUUCCCCAAAUUUUUUAGGUCAAAACUUGAAAAAAAAUGUGAUUUUUUUUGCGAAAUUUUUCCAUGGAAAUUUUUAUAGCUAGUUCUACCGUAGAGAGUAACAUUUUCACAAAAAAUCAAUUUUUUCCGCACGAAACUGGCAAAGAUACGGCCUAAAAGCCUCUCUUUUCUCUGACCGCCCUCCGCAUUUUUGCGUACUGUCUCGCCGGUAAGGAUCGUUCAAUAUCUCGGCUCUCCGUAUAAAUUGCGAGCUAAAACUUUCAGGAAUUGACGUAUGGCCUAUGGUUGAUAUGUGUGCAAAAUUUAAAGAAAAUCUGAGCUUCACAUUUUUUAGCCUCAAUUGUUAAUUUUUUCCAUUUUUUCAACAAUUUGGUUAUUUUUUCAGCAAUUUGGUCAUGUAUAUGUUUGAGCUACCUCAUCCUGGCGGUGAAUCGGCUAGCGGACCUGAUAAAUCGAAAAGUUUCGGAGAAAUUGUUUGGCGGAUAUCGAAUUUAUUGUUGGCUUCUGAUCGCAUUAAUCGAAGGCCUAGGCUAUGGAUAUUUUACGGUUCCAUCCAUUCUUUCGCCGGGCUAUUUUUCAGGCUUCACCAACCCCUAUUCCGGGACGAUAUUUGAGGAGAAGUCGGCGGAAAAUGUGAGUUCAGAUAUUGUUUUUAUGGCAGGGUCGGGCCUUAGAAAUUUCAAAAAAAGGUCGGGCUUGGGCUCUACGGAAUUUUUUGGGCCGAGUUCGACUCCGUGUAGGAUUUUUUUUCGUAUUGAAAAAAGGUUGACCGAUACAAAUUUUGAAAAUUUCAGCUAACAAUUUUCGGCAAAACCAAAGAUAUUGCGCAAUCUUUUUUGCGAGAGAGCACGCAAAAUGAGGAGAGUCGAUCAGAGAAGAUACUUGUUUUUGUUGUAUCUUUGAAGCUAGCAGAAGGAAAAAGUUUAGUUUUGGCAGAAAUGUUCUACAAUGUAGAAAUUGAUGCUGAGGCUGGGCUGGGCUGGGCUGGGCUGGGCUGGGCUGGGCUGGGCUGGGCUGGGCUGGGCUGGGCUGGGCUGGGCUGGGCUGGGCUGGGCUGGGCUGGGCUGGGCUGGGCUGAGGGCCCGGAAAUGGCAAAAGCCCGGCUCUGUAUACAUAUUCCAAAAUUACAGGAUAUAGCCAUGCCUGUAAAUUUGAAAAAAAUUAACCUCAUUUUUUAGUACGCUGAUAACGCAGUGGCGAUUCACGACAUGGUAGUGCUAAUUGCUAUGAUUUUUCUCUACGUCUGUAUCUGUUGCAAGCUGGCCGUUCGAGUUUAUCGACUGAAAACCUUUGGAGAUCGCAGCCAGAAAUUGACGCAUUUCCAGAGAAUGGUAGGUUUUAUUGGUUUGAAAUAUAUGCAUAACACCACCUAAUGAUUUGACUGAAAAAAAUCAGUUAGCAGUGACGUCAUUAAUACAGAAAAAUUAGAGAGUGUGUUUUUGGAGAGACCACACAGAAAAAGCGUAAAUUCCCCAGCCAAAAAGGAAAGGGUGGAUCAGAGGUAAGCUGGCUCUUUCAUUCUAUCUUCGGAUUAAUUUCCCAAGUUAAAGGUUAGCUUGAGAUUCCAGCUCCUGAAAAGUGUGGCUGAACAAGAAAAUUUUGGAAAGUUUGACUAAAAAGUCGAACAAAUAUCAAUUCAAAUGUAUUUUAAUUCAUGAUGUACCAUCUAAAAUACGGUUCUGAUUUCUCUAUUCAAAUCAAAAAAGUCAAAAAUGCGUACGCCACUUGAGAUUCCAAGGACGUCUCCGAUCCAAGUACUAAUCAAGCGCACCGUUGCUUAACUUGCCAGAUCGGACGGGAUGGCGUGCUUUCAACGGGCUAUGGGCGUACACACUCCCUUCCCUUUCCACUUUUGAUUCCUUUCCCUGCAAUUCCACCCAGUCCACGGCCGGGGCUACUUUUUCGAGAUUUUCUUGAAAAUUUUAGUUAUUGAUGACGUCACUAAUACAGAAAAAUGUAGUAGAUCUUAAAAUUUGUUAUCCAAAAAUUGCAAAAAUAAUUUUUCUGAAGCAUUUUUAUCGAAAAAUCUCGAUUUUUUCUAUUUUUUUCAGACAGUCCUUCAAUUAUCCAGCAUGUGUGGAGUUUUCUUGAUGUGCAGUGCUCUGUUUACGUAUGUUAAUCAAACCCGGGCAAGCUUUAUGUUGAUCGUUGUCACUCAACUCGUCUGUCAGGCGUACCAUGGUGAGAAAAACAGAAAAAAAAUAUUUUUUUUCGUAUUUCAGGCUCCGCCGUGGUGAUUUACAUCGCUUUCAACAAGAGCCUCCGCACAAAGCUGUUGGCUUUGUUUGGGAAACAAACAACUUUUAUAUCAUCAGUAUCAGUCAGUUCGAGAACAAAAACCUUCAAAACGGUAUGA